AUUUUAUAAUUCGUUGUCAACUAUGUCGGUUAAUUUGCAUUUUUCAAUCAGUUUGGCUCGAGUUGAGCAGUGUGUUUGCCCAUGGUGGUAAUUAUAUAGGACUAACCUGCGAGCAAAAUUGAUUGAAAACAAUUAUAAAAACUCUGGAUUUUCACUGUUAUAUAAUAGUGAACACUGUUGUAGUUUGUGGAAAUAUGUAAAAUAAUUUUUUUUUUAAAUAAACGCUACAUAACAAUUGUGGGUAUGAAGAACAGACCUAACCAAAGAAACCUACCUAACCUUACCUAACUUCCCCGGUAUAUUAAGCAGAAAACUUACUAUGAUAUGGUGAAAUUUUGGGCAUCUUCUGGACGUGAGAUGCCACGGCCGCAUCGGCACUAUGCAGCCAGGGCGGCAAUGGGCAACAUUUGGAAGAAUGUGGUAUUUGUAUGAUGCUAGGUGGCAGAAUCCAUUUCACUCGGCAGACAAGAUCAAACUUUAUCUUGCAGGCAGGAACAAACCAAUUUAUCAUCCUCUAAGUGACUGUGGAGACCAUGUUGUAGUUAUAAAUUCACUGGACAUAGCCCUCCCAGGAAUGGAAUGGGAAAAACGUGUAUAUUUUCAUCACACUGGUUAUGCUGGAGGAGCUUCAUGGACGUUAGCAUGGGAAUUACAUAAACUGGACCCCACAAUGAUUCUCAGAAAAGCUGUAUAUAAUAAGUUAGACAAGAACUUACUAAGAAGAGGAAGAAUGGCCAGACUUCAUAUAUUUCCUUAUGAUAAGGUUCCUGACAACAUCUUGGAGAAUGUUUCUGCCCAGAUGCGUCAGCUGCGCCCGGUUCCUAUACGACUUGACCAAAUCCCUGAAGAGGAAGUUGUUAAUUUCCCUAAAGUUUAUGAUUGGCCAAAAGACCAUGUUAUUUCAUAGUUUAUCAGAGCUCAUUCCACCUAGUGAUGAAUGGAAAUAUGUUAUUGUGAUGCUGUGGUACCAUCAAAUAACAACCUGAGAAGCAUUUGAGAGUCCAUGUACUGUAUAAAUAGCACACACACUGUGCAAUAGGACACUGGACUAUCUGCCCCCUGGUGACUUACAAGACAUAAAGCCAUUAUCUUUCAAUGAUUGUAUAACACCAUAUAUACUUGCAUACAACCCCCCCCCCCAACUAGGUGCCAAGUAUUGUAUAAAACGAGAACUGGGUAUCAUAAAAUUUACGUCAACUGGCGGUGACUAGUCCCGUCCCCCCUACUUAGACAGGUUGUACUGGUGGUUAGCGAGAGUCUAGACGAUUGUUGAUAUGGAUAAGCUUCCACAGUUUUUACCAGAUUUCUAGUUUCCAACUCUCCCAGACUUGUAAAUACCUAUAAUAAAGUUAUCUUCAAUAAA